AGAAAAUAUGUGCCCUCAUCGACCAGCAGGACCAGUGCUUUAGCCUCACUGCUGACGCGCUGUAUCGCUUCCAUAUCGAGAUGCGAAAGUCAAGGUGUGCAGCACCACCUCGCUGUGAUGCCAACAGAAGCACCUUUGCGUAUCAGAGUCUUGCAUACAAAGCGGAACCUGCUCUUGAGAGUCGCUUCGUCAGCGAGUCGCUCAAAGUGGUGCAUUGGAUGUGCUUAACACUCUGCGCAUGGAUCGAUAGGGAACGGAACUAUGACGUGAUGACUGCUAUCGACAUUCUUGGGUCUGGAAAGUAUGAACGACUGCCUACUAUGGUUAGAUCAGAAAUGGUGGAGACCAAAGAGAGACUGGAGGACGUUAUCCGUAUGCGGCUGCUCUGUGACGAAAUCGUGCCGCUCCCGAUGCGACGCAAUGUGACUGUGGAAAAUGGAAGUGUGACGAUACGCGUCAAAGACGAGUUUGAGAUCCGAAUGACCCUUCCCGGAAGCACUCCGGAUUGCGUCUGGAAGCUGGAUGAUCUCAAAAUCCUGGUUGCAUCUGCCCCCAGCAAGUAUACAGUGCCUCAACACACCGCCGACAAUGUCAAGAAGAUCCGCGAAAAGGCCCAGACCAAACUGCUGACGGAAGUACCGGAUCCCAAGCGAGCUGAACUCGGAAAGCCAGCGUCGCGGAAAAACUGGCCGCUGGUGAACCUGUACGAGUUUCUUCACAGUGUGUGCUUGCAGCUGCAGCUCAAGAUCAUCCAGCACCAGGUCUUGAGUUUGAUCGGUACUCGGUGGCAAAACCGACUGAGCGUGUCGAGCGAGGAGCUCAAGAUCAAGAUCGAGUACUGGAAGCGUCCGACGACCGACGCCGACCGACGGCAGAAUGUGAUCGAAAUCCGCAUAGUCGAAGAUGCGGCUGUUCGGAGGAGGCCUGCCUCAGCGCCAUCAUUAUCGAGCGAAACCAACCCCACGGCCCGUGAUGUCUUGCCCGAGAUAGUCGAGUCGUGCGCUUUUGGAUCGUGCCCCCUUUCCCCCAAGAUCAUCAGGAUCGACUGUUUCAGUCUUGGAGCCGAUGGAUCGCGAACGCCCCUGCUGGACAGCGACACUGGUGCCUCGUUGGAAGUGAGCGUGUCGCCCUCCGCCAUCGACAUCGAGCAGCUCAUCCUGACGGCGGCGCAGCAUCAGGCCAAUGCCAUGAUCCGCAGCUUGAAGACCAUUAUCCUGAUGUCGCCCGAGGCCAAAAUCGCCUCACCAGCCAAACGCAAGCAUGGGCAGCUCUCGCCACGGGCAAAUGAGCCUAUCGUCGAGAUUCUAUCCGAGGAAGAGCUUCUCGGGGCGGUCAAGUCGGCUGCCGGCCCGCUUCCCCGGUUCUAUCUCCGCUAUCAUGAUGUGGGCAUCCUGUGUGUGAGCGUCGAUAUUCGCACGGGACGGAUUCUGCUUUCACAAGUCGGGCAGGUCGUCCAGCCAGAGGCCCCGCACGAGUCCAGCGGAGCGUCGAGCCUGCAGAACCGCCUGCUGCUCGUGGAGGAGCGAAUCAACAUCAAUUUCUAUGACAUCAUGAGCUCCCUUUCAUACUUCCGAUACUCGACCAUCAUUGACAAGAUUGAGGCCCUGGCUCAGUUUGCGGGGCUGACGCCUGUGCGAGAGCUACCGAUCCCGAGAUCCGAGAGCGCCAAGUUACACACCGAAAUGUCCUCCGAACAUACCAUCUUUUUACGAUUUCCCCAAUACCCAGACUACUACAUCCACAUAUCGGUUAUUGAGCCCAACGUCUCGAAGGAAUCAGCCGUGAGCUACACAAUCCAGAUUGUUCACGCCAGCCUCUCCGAUCGACCCAACCUUAGCCGCAUCCAAAGCGUAUCGUACAUCCUGCACCAGGACAUUUUCCCGGCCCGCGAGAAAGGAGUGCCCAUCCAGGGUGAUGACGAGGCGACGCCAGCAAAGCGGACCAAGCUUUCGGACAACACAGACGCCCCUGGCUCUGGCGCAAACGCAGUCCUAUGGAUGCAAAUUGAUGCCGAGGUCUUGAUCAAGGUCGAGUCCGUGUGCCGAAAGCAGAUACUCUACUCCAAGCUGAAGAGCGAGCUGGCCAGUGCGAACAUUGCAUACAAGUAUGUGAUCCGAGGCACCCCGGGGCUGCUGCAGCCCGAGCAGCUUCCCGUUUCCGAGGACCGGAUAGCCUCGCUGGAGCCCCGGAUCUGCAUCAUGCGCGACAACUUCAGCCGAUACUUGCCCGUGGCCACGAAGGGUCCUUCCGAGAGCAGCGUCUCCGAGCUGCCGUUUGGGGACCUGGUCAUUAUCUUUACCAAGCCGUCGGGCGCAUCCGCAGCCGAGACGGAUGGGGACGAAAGGCUGAGCAACCGCAAGCUGAGUGUGCUCGUCAAGGUCCGGAUGAACGUACGGCUGCUGCCGAGCAUAUCCAGUACGCUCCUUGACGAAGAUCUUUCGUUCGACUCGAGCGACAACUGCUGCACGCUUUCGCUGCCGGAUGUGGACAUGGCCAUCUCUACCGUGUGUCGGCGUUGGAAGAUCAUCACAAUGAUAUCCGGUAUCCUGAGGCAACUUGUCUCCCGCCGCUCGUGGCUGGAGCAGUCUGGAUUCAGCAUCGAUAACUACGAUUUGGCCAGCUUCCAGCUGCACUUUGGCGAUAUCAAAAUGAAGAUUGGCUGGGAAUGGAGUGAUACAGCUGACGGAACGUCCGCCCCCCUUUCUCAAUGGAGCUUGGAUUCCGAGGGCAAGUUUCGGCUUCGUUUCCUCAACGCCGAAGCCAGCGAAACCCUCAAGUCCUUUGAGGAGCACUUUGAAUCUCUCCUCAACUCCAAAUCCAUUGUCCGAACGCUCCAGGUCAUGGGACGCAUGUUCCCACUGAUUCGCUGGCUGGAUGACAUGCGCACUCGCAACAACACUCCCGACCACUCGAUCCGGCCAGAGACACCGCUGGUGACGGUGCGCACAGUCAGCGCCAACCACGUCUACGUCGGAUACGGAGCGCAUGGCAUCGAUCUGAUCCUGUUGACCAACGAGGCGUUUGCCGUCUACGACUCGGCCCUCGGAGAUGGCAACAUCAACGCCCUUGUUGGCGUAGGCUUUGCGACACAGCACAUCAACAGGGCAGUGACGCCAAUCCCAAACUUCAAGAGCAUCUCGGACGAAACCGCGAACCUGCUGGAGCUCGACGAGAUCCCAGAAGUGGCCUCAAUACUGCCGCUGCCCGGGGGCAUGAUCUUGCACUCGUCGCUGUUGCUGCACGCACUAUCCUUCCUGGAGCGCCACCUCGACACACAAGCGACGCUCGAGCUGUGCCGGUUCAUGAUUGCUGAGCGCAUUCGAACGAGGCAGAUCGAGUCCGCUCCACCAGCAGCCGCAUCGUCGACGAACGCGGCCAGCGAUCUGGUCUAUACCGUCAACGACCUUCAAAUCACAUUGCAUAUCUCUGAGACGCGAGUGCUGAGCACCCGAAUGAGUUUGAAAAAUGCCAUCCCCGACAACGAUCCUGUGCCACUCUCUGCCCAGGCGGUAGCGACGAUCCAGAACGUCGUCAACGCAAAGCUCGCGGCAUUGCCAGCCGGGACCAACCUCCGGCCUUGGGUCCGCUUCGUCCUGGAGCUGACAGCGCUUCCGCGUGUGGCCAUCCGCGAUCUGGCUCUGACAAUGGAUCUCGACGACACCGUCAAGGCCAGCACAGCCAGCGUCGGAAGCACAACCAGCCGACUGGACUGGUGUUUGGUCGUGCCGCCGGAUGCACCAGACUACGCGCCGUCUCCCGGGAGCAUUGGGCUGGUUCUGGAGCCAGAACUCAAUCGGUUCAAUAUCAUGUUCCGACUGACUGACCCGACAACGCAGGAGAGCCAGCUAGUCCUCUUGAGGAGCAACUACUCGACCCACGUCAUCACACAGUGGAAGGCGGACGGCAACGACCUGACUAUCGUCCAAGCCGGCCCGUUCCUGCAGCAAACCAAAGACUCGUUCCCGGACGCCCCGAGUCGAACAUGGGAAGGGAUCCUCAACACUGCCACAAAGAAAGAGGUGUCCACGGCGCAGGGCGGCCCAGGCAAAGUCAGCAUUGUCGCCAAGCACAUCAAGCAGCGGGCCCUGAAGGAUGUUCCGCCAUGGCCAUGAGUGCAUCUGCUUGACAAACGAUGCGCGCUGCGGACGAGAACAGCUAUGCUGGGGCGACAAAAGAUGCCAACGGAAGGGAGCUGUGUCUGAGACAUGACUGGCUCCUCUCUCUCUCCCCGAUAUGUGCUCCGCUUGCCCAGACGUAUCUGAUCUGAUCUGCCUCCAUCGCUCCUGUAUGGGUUUGUCCAGAGGACUCAGUCGCCCAAUACAUCGAACUUGAACACACGGAUGGGUCGUGUGGAUCGAAUGGCAUUGAUCAGUCUGGCUAGGUGAUGUCAAUCAGCGCUCCCACCCCAUAACAUCUGCUCGCCGACUUGCAGUGACAGCAUCUGCAUCGACUCGCUGGUCCUCGUUGGCCAAGUGCGGCAUGAUC